AUUUUUUCGUUGAAAUUUAAACUAUUUUGUUGAAAAAAUGCAAACUACUUGAAUAGCUCCAUACUUUGAAAACUUAUAGCUAGAAAAAUCUUGAGACAGCUGGAAAUUUUAGCGAUUUUUUCCCCAGAAUUUGAGUAUAGGCACCCUGAUUAAAAAUAAAAAUUUCUAGCAGUUUUCGAGUUUGUCAUGUGUAAAAGAAAGAGAAGAAAUAAAUGAAAGUAGAAAUAGAAAAAAAGGAAAAUUCGGUGGAUGUUUGUGGAGGGUAAGAAUCUAAGAUCUUCGCAAGCAGAACUUGUGAGUUGCGCUUGGAUUUUUGGAUUUAUCCUGGGCUUGAAGACUGUGACUUUGGAUUUGGAUGAAGACUGGAAGUGGAAAUUUAUGGAAGAUACAGUGCUAGCUAGCUGGAUGUCGAUUGGAGUGAACAUAAUUAUAGAUCAAAUUUCUUCAGUACGAUCCACCCUGAACUCGGGACGAAAGAAAUCAAAGAUCUACUUUUAUUCUCCGACUUCUACGGUGAAGAAUCUAAAUGCAAAUUGGAACACCGAUAAAUGUUUUGUAUGGAAAUGGAAAAUAAAGAUUAUUUCCGAUAUGGGGAAAUUUUAUUUUAAAAAAUGGACUUUAUGCUCUUUCUCCUAUUCCCCCCUUUUUUAA